CAUCGCAGAGCUGUGAUUCUGGAUUCUGAGAGCGCCAAAGAGUUGAGUGAGAAAAAGAAGUCAAAGCCAACAGAAUGGGAGAAGGGAAGCAAGGUUGGCUCUUGCCUGUUUCUUUCUAUUAAUCCUUAAAUCUUCAGUAAUCGGGAUGAGAGCGCAGGAGCACGUUGCCUGACUUAGGACAGCGAGUCUAUGUUGGGACCUGGCUGAUGAGGCAGCAUAAGUCACCAGGAGAAAUGGAAGGAAAGAGAAGACAAGAGAUGGAAUCAGUUUGGGGAACUUAAAGAGUUUCUGCAAACAGGAAGAGUGGAGUCUAAAGUAAGACCUCAGCAAAAAAGAAAUCAGUCAAAGAAAUGGUAAAGAAAAGUUGUGCGUGGAUUUUAUAAGAUAUGGGUGACAUGCAGAACUCCAUGUGUGAUCCCAGUCUGAAGGGGUUCUGAUGGCGGCCGCAAACGACGACCCCCACCUGGGCGCCGGCCCGUCGGAGGACUCGGAGAUCCUUCUGGACAGCUCCGACUCGGGCAGCAUACUCUCUGAUGAUUCUGUACUUCCCGAGUAUGAAACGGACUCCAAAUACAAGGAUCCGGCUAAAACCCUGUACGAAGCCUGCACCAGGAACGAGUCCACAUCCCUGAGCAGGAUCCUGGAGAGAGGAGUCACACGGGACGAGGUCAUGGAGCUCGACAUCAAUGGCAAGUCGGGCCUGAUGGUGGCUGUAGGCAAGGGGUUUGUGGAUAUUGUCACCAUGCUGCACACUUGCCCAUAUGUGGACAUUAACCACCAAGACAACGAUGGCAAUACGGCUCUCAUGAUUGCUGCACAGGCAGGCUUCAUCACCAUCCUGAACUACAUCCUAAACUACUACCCUGGUGUGGACACUGAACUCAGGGAUCCCCGAGGUUUCACGGCCCUGAUCAAGGCAGGCCUGCAGGGCCGGGAGGACUGCGUUUCUGCUCUGCUGAUGCAUGGUGCAGACAUGCAUGCUCUGGAUCUGGUCCAAGGGAGAGGUCUUAAGGACUGGGUCCUCAAGACGGGAAGAUUUGAGACGCUCAACAGAAUACGUCGCCUGCAGGCUCAUCCUGUGGCAGAGCAGUUUUGUGAGAGCUACAAGCCUGAGUGGCCGGAGCUGAGGCAGCUGGUGGAGAAGGCCACCGCCCCAAAAACAGCAAGUCAGAAGUUGAGGCAGCGUCUAAAGGAAAGCCUUACUUUCAAGUUUCCACAGGACCCUCAAGACAACGGCGUGAUGGACCAUAUGGUGCGAAUAACUACGAGCAUCCACAGCCCCCUGAUAAUUACAGGCUCCCGCCCACUCUGUCCCAGCAGCCCUCCAGAGAUUGGGAAGCGUCGAUUUGCCGUAUCUGAACUGCUUGAAAAGCACAGCAGGAAGGAGCUGGAGGAAAGCACUGUGUCCCACACUAACGGAUCCAUCACCUCAGUUUCUCCCACGGCUAUGUCAGCCAAGUCGGUCUCUUUUACCUCUUGCUGCCAGGAUCCAGAGAGAAGGGGGAGCGUGCCGUCAGGUGGCAUGAGAAGCUUUGUCCCACGCAGCAUGGCACACAGGAACAGCAUCUUCCCCUCUGGCUGCAUUCCUAAGAUCGAAGUGACAAAAUCGGGGGAGCCCACACCAAAGAAAGAGAAAAAGAAGAAAAGGCAAAAGGGCUACCUGGAGCCUCCAGUGUGGAAGUACAAGGAGGCCAAAGAGGAGAAAAAGAGGGAGAAAAAAAAGCAGGAGGCUGAAAAGGAGAAUGAGAAAAAAUCAAAGGGGUCAAAAAAGAAAAGUAAAAGCUGAGGCAGAUGGUGACGUCUCACAGAAGAUGAUCGGUUGCCAUGCAUGGGGGAUGAAUAUAACAACAAAUGCAAAAAAAUGAAAACUUUAGGAGCUACCAUUUGAUAUCAAUGGAUUUUAACCUUGGUGUGAAGUGAUGUGAUAACUGGAAUGACUUACAUUAGCUGCUCCUGAUGUAUUUUAACAUUUUAGGGUCAACACUAAUCUAGCUUCCUAUUGGGAUUUAAAAAUACAUCCUCUCAAGUCAAUCCUCAUGGUUCAAAUCAAAACAACUUUUGGAGUGGAAAAGAUUGCAUGCGGGGAUAAACAACAUUCAACUUCCUGCACUUAUGUGGGAACUUAUUAACCUCUGUUUUCAAUCACUUUGAGUAGUGUGCCAUCAUGGUAUUUGACUGCAAGAAAACCAAAUAGCCAAUAGCCUAUACUGUGUGUGCACACAUAUAUAUAUGUAUAUAUAUGUGUGAUCAAAUGCCUUGAGAACCGAUUGUCACAAUUAUUCUUACCAAAGUAGGUACAAAAAAUGUCCAAUCUAUGUUAUGUUGUUCAUAUGUAAUGGGUAAACGCCUUGCUUUAGCUGCCCCAGUGCUAAAGCUGCAAAAAAAGGCUGUUUUUAACUUCUCCACAUUGCAAAAUGUAGCACCAUACACUUUAAUACUGCUCACCGACACAGUUUUCCGUCUUCUAAUGCAGAAGUUUGAAACAUAUGAAUGAAGUAGCCGAAGUGCGUGUGUGCAAAAUGCUUUAUAAUUGAACAAGCUGUGCUCACAAACAUAAAUCUAAAAUAUCUCAAGCUGACCACUGUUUUAUUUACAUUGGUUGAAGUUUCCCAGGACUUUUUUAUGGAAAACAUUGAAGCCAUGUUCGUUGAGUCUGUAAUGGGGAAACUACUUUACAUUUUAUUAAACUUGAACAUAGAGAAUUAUACCAGCUGAACCCAAUUUACUGUAAUAAAGACAACACACACAUACAUACAUACAUGAAGGUCUGUCUGUCUGUAUAAUGAAAG